GCGCCAUUCAACAGUCAGUCCCGAUCCAUCGCUUAUCGAAGGUGGAACGAAUUUUCUCACAAAUUCUAUCGAACCGUUUUUAGUGAAUAGCCACUUAGAACAAGACGAUCAAUGUCGCCUCUUAGUGGAAGGCUUACCGGAGUCAUCGUGGUGCUUUGUGUUUCAGCUCUGGUUUAUCACGCACAAAGUCAGUCCUGUCCCGAGAAGAAUGGCCGUUUCCCUGUCUCGGACCAAUGUGACGCAUACAUGGAGUGUAGGGAUGGAGAACCAACGCGUCAGCUUUGCCCCGAUGGACUCCUCUUCAACGAGAAGGCUUCUCUGUUCUCCUACCCUUGCCAGUAUCCGAUCGAUGUAGAUUGUGGUAGCCGCACACGUACCCAACCUGCCAUCCCGACCGAAGACUGUCCACAUCAGUUCGGUUACUACAAAGUCGGUGAUCGAGCCAACUGUGGCCAGUUCAAGAACUGUGCCGAUGGUACUGCCUACGUACUCGACUGUCCGCUCGGUUUAGCCUUCAACUCUGCGACGUAUCAGUGCGACUGGGCUGAUCUGGUGGAAGAUUGUGAUGCGGAAGCCUAUCUUGGGUUCAAGUGUCCACCGCAGGCACCGGGUUUGGUGCAGCCGAUCCGAUUCUUCCGCGCACCGAACGAUUGCCAGAAAUACUUCCUGUGCGUUGACGAUAGGCCCCGGCUGAACUUCUGUGGACCGGAACAGGCAUUCAACGAGCUGAUCAACGCUUGUGACGGAAUCGCCAAUGUGACUGGUUGUGCUUAGGAAUGCCACUACUCCAACUACGGAAUCUACCAUAGAACCUCCUUAAGGUGCUCAAUCGACGGCACCGUCGUCGAUACUAGUAGGAUUUUUAAUAAACAAAAUACCAUCCAC